UCACAUGUUCUCUCUCUCUAGCUCUAUCGUCUCUUAUACAACUUCUGUUUGCGUUUUUCUCUCACUCACUCACUCUCAAAAAGCGCGCUCCAUCUCCUUUCCCGACGACGCGUGGCCUUACUGUGAUUCCACGUUUCUCUCCCUACAUCUUUAUAUAUACAGACGCACUAUUAUUCUCUCUCUCUCCCUCUUACUUUCCUUCUAUCAUCUCCGAUCUCCGAUUCAAGAUUCAAUUCGAUCGUUUGGUUUGCAGUUCAGGAAAAAAAAAAGAGGAACGAAAUGGUGGUGUUCAAGGUUGCUCUUGUCGAAACCAAGCCCUACGAGGGCCAAAAACCAGGCACCUCUGGUCUCAGGAAGAAGGUGAAAGUGUUCAUGCAACCUCAUUACUUGCAUAAUUUUGUCCAGUCAACAUUCAAUGCCCUCUCAGCAGAAAAAGUGAAAGGUGCUACACUUGUUGUUUCUGGUGAUGGUCGCUAUUUUUCAAAGGAUGCAGUCCAGAUUAUAAUUAAGAUGGCAGCUGCAAAUGGAGUAAGACGUAUUUGGGUUGGUCAAAAUAGUUUGCUGUCCACUCCUGCUGUAUCAGCUGUUAUACGUGAAAGAGUCGGGCAUGAUGGAUCUAAGGCAACAGGAGCAUUUAUAUUGACUGCAAGUCACAAUCCAGGUGGCCCCCAUGAGGACUUUGGAAUUAAAUACAACAUGGAAAAUGGUGGACCUGCACCAGAAGGAGUUACUGACAAGAUCUUUGAGAACACAAAAACAAUAAAGGAGUAUUUAAUUGCUGAGGACUUACCAGAUGUGGAUAUCUCUGCAACAGGCAUAACAAGCUUUUCAGGACCUGAGGGCCAGUUUCAUGUUGACGUUUUUGAUUCAGCUAGUGAUUAUGUGAAAUUGAUGAAGUCAAUAUUUGAUUUCCAAUCUAUCCAAAAGUUGCUUUCAUCUCCAAAAUUCACAUUUUGUUAUGAUGCACUUCAUGGUGUUGCUGGAGCUUAUGCUAAGCGUAUCUUUGUGGAGGAGCUUGGUGCAAAAGAAAGCUCAUUAUUGAACUGUGUACCAAAGGAGGACUUUGGAGGAGGGCAUCCAGAUCCCAAUCUAACCUAUGCAAAGGAGUUGGUUGAGCGUAUGGGGUUGGGCAAGUCAAAUUCCCAGGAUGAACCACCAGAAUUUGGGGCUGCUGCUGAUGGUGAUGCUGAUCGUAACAUGAUUCUUGGUAGAAGGUUUUUUGUUACUCCAUCCGAUUCAGUUGCUAUUAUUGCUGCAAAUGCCGUUGCAUCAAUACCGUACUUUUCUGGUGGUCUAAAGGGAGUCGCCAGGAGCAUGCCUACAUCAGCUGCUCUUGAUGUGGUAGCAAAGCAUUUAAGUUUGAAAUUCUUUGAGGUGCCUACUGGGUGGAAAUUCUUUGGUAACCUGAUGGAUGCUGGGUUAUGUUCAAUCUGUGGUGAAGAAAGUUUUGGAACUGGCUCAGACCAUAUUCGUGAAAAAGAUGGAAUCUGGGCUGUAUUAGCUUGGCUUUCUAUCCUUGCUUACAAAAACAAGGAUAACCUCAGUGGGGAUAAGCUUGUGAGUGUUGAAGACAUUGUCCGCCAGCAUUGGGCUUCCUAUGGUCGCCACUAUUAUACUCGAUAUGAUUAUGAGAGUGUUGAUGCAGGUGCAGCAAAAGAACUGAUGGCAUAUUUGGUCAAGCUGCAGUCUGAUCUUUCUGAAGUUAACAAGACCAUAAAAGGGAUACGCUCAGAUGUGUCCAAUGUGAUCAAUGCUGAUGAGUUUGAAUACAAAGACCCUGUCGAUGGUUCCAUCUCAAAGCAUCAGGGUAUUCGAUAUCUGUUUGAAGAUGGGUCACGAUUGGUUUUCCGCCUAUCUGGAACUGGGUCAGAAGGAGCAACCAUUCGUCUUUACAUCGAGCAAUACGAGAAGGAUCCAUCAAAAACUGGGAGAGAUUCGCAAGAAGCACUUGCUCCUCUUGUGGAGGUUGGUCUCAAGCUAUCUAAGAUGCAGGAAUUCACUGGCCGAUCUGCCCCGACGGUUAUUACAUAGAUUAAUUAGUUCAUACUACUACAAAGAGCAUCAGGCUGUUUUCCACAUUCCAAGAACUAUUACCAUACUAAGGCUGCCCUAUAUAAUGCGCUUUAUAAGUUUUUCGCCAUGUUGGUGUUGUGGCGUUGCCUUGCCUCCAUAAUAAUACGGGCUACUCGGCUAGACUCUUUGGUAAGCAAAUUUUGUUCAGACUAAUUUGAAUGUGAUUCCAUCUCUUUAUUUAUAAGGUUGGCCCAUUUGAUGAA